AUGCCACCCAAGAUCUCCGCUGGUGAGCGACCGAAGCGGCGCCGUCGUGUGUAUGCCUGCGACUCGUGCUACAGGAAGAAGAUUAAAUGCGAUGGCGCGUUGCCCAAGUGUGAUUGGUGCCACCACCACAGCAUCCCUUGCACGUAUGCCCGCAAUGAAGACCUCGACCGGUCGCGCAAGCCACAGGAUACCAAGCUCAAGUCUCCCCCUACAUCAGACGUGAGCACACCAAUCGAACAAGAACAAGUCCAGGAUCUCUUUCGGUCUGCGUACCCCACACCCGGUCCACAGGCUGUGGCACCACAGGGGUUUGGAGCGACCAUCUGCUUCGCCGGACAAUCCCUGGGGAGUAUCGGUGGGUUCAACGGCCUGCCUGUGUUUUCUGCUGCUGGAAUCGAGUGGAUCAAGGCUCGCACUGGCGAAGAAGUCACUCUCGACUGGUAUCGCACACUGCCGAUUCAAUCCUCCCCUCGUGGCAGUCCCCAGCGCUUGCCACUCCCUGACAUCAGGCUUCUCCGGCAGUUGCUGGAGAAUUACCAGAAGACUAUAUCGUAUCGCCUGUUUCCCGUUAUUAACGCAGCGUGCUUCGAAUACACCAUCCGAGCGGCCUACAACCAUGAAUUGUCUGAGAUAUCGCCCGGCCCUGCCAGCGCCAGGGCAUGUAUCUUUGCUUUUAUGGCGCUGAGUUCGUUUAGCGCAGGCACUGGGACGGAAAGUACCAUCACGUACACUGACAAGUUUGCCCAAGAGGUGUAUGAUCUAUUGCCAGACCUCGUUUCAGAGUCGGUUACGCUGGACGGGUUGCAGGCCAUCCUCAUGCUGUCCUUCUGCUGUCAGGCUGUAUCUGCCGAUAUCCUGAAGAUAGAGCUCCUGUUAUCCUCCGCAGCCCGAUACGUCUUCCACCUCAAAGGCAACAUCUGCCCUAAGCCCACCGACGCAGACGGCGACCCCCUUCUCGCAAAGCUACACGUCCGCAACCUCUUCUGGAUCAGCUUCAUGUUCGAUAAAAUCCUCGGUCUGCGCACUGGUCUCCAGCCUCUCUUCGACACUACAAGCUGCGAUCUCACCCUGCCCUCCCCGGACGGCGUUCACGGCCACGACCCAGCAGCCUUCAUCACCCUGAUCCGCCUCUGCAUCGUCCAAGCAGAAAUCUACCGGGGCCUUUACUGCGUCCCAGCCCUGACCAAAAGCGACGCCGAGCUCAUUGCCACAAUCCGAACCCUCGAUAAUACGCUGGAAGAAUGGUGGUCCACAGUCCGUGUAUUCUCGUCCGACCGCUACCCAGACUCCAUCAUGGCGGACUUCCUCUUCGGAAUGCAGUACCACUACUGCAUGAGCGCGAUCCAUCAAACGAGCAGUCGCUGCACGGCAUGGGUUCUAAACCAGGAUACGCGCGCGGCCGGCUCAAGUCUCGCGGUUAGUAUCAGCGCUGGCCGCUCGCUACUAAAUAAAUUCCUCGACGCGAAGCCGCAUCUAUUAGGACAUCAUCUCAUGUUCUGCCUCCCCGAACUAACCGUCUCAACAAUCCACGUCUUCUCCAACAUCCUCAUGAACCCGCUCGAGGUCUCCAGCGCCACAGACCUGCAUCUCAUGCGCUCGGCCCUCACGCACCUCCGUAAGCAUCUCUGGCAGCAGGCGCCGGAGUCGUUCACGGUGCAGGUGCGUCUUGUUGAGAGCUUUAUGGCGGAUUUGCAGCGGCUGGCGGAGUGUGCGAUUCGGAAGGCCUGCGCCGAGGCGAGGGCUGGACUUGGGGAGUAG